AUGAAGGCCUCCGUUGCUACCCUUGCCAUCGCUCUCUCGGGGUCUGCUAUUGCCGCACCUUUCACUUCGAAUAGCACCACAUCUAGCAUCCCAUCCGGUACCCCAUCCUCAAGCUCAAGUGCUCCUCCAUUUGCCAAUGUAUCUGCGCCUUCUACUACCGGUCUGCCUCCUUCGACUGGUAUUCUCCCUUCCCCUUCGGGCUCGGGGCCGGCCUCCUUUCUGCCCAAGCGGGGUGAAAGCCUUUCACUUCCAACGGAUCUCCCCUCUUUGGUGUCCGAUGCCCAAUCAGUGGCUGCGGCAUUUGCUUCCCUCGGUGCGCAGAAGCGUGGAGAGAGUCUCUCGAUUCCCACCGAUCUUCCCUCUCUAGUCUCUGAUGCUGAGUCGGUUGCCGGUGCUCUCGCGUCCAGCGGCGCUCAGAAGCGCGGCGAUUCCCUAUCUAUCCCCACAGACCUUCCAUCUCUGGUCUCGGAUGCGGAAUCUGUUGCUGCUGCUCUGGCAUCCAGUGGAGCACAGAAGCGGGGUGAUGCUCUAUCACUGCCUACUGAUUUUCCUUCUCUGCUGUCGGAUGCCGAGUCAGCCCUUGGUGCUCUUGCCUCUGCUGGGGCGCAGAAACGGGACGGAUCUUUGUCCAUCCCUACCGACCUUCCCUCGUUGGUCUCGGACGCAGAAUCAGUUGCUGCAGCACUCGCAUCUGGUAGCGCCAAGAAGCGAGGCUUCACCUCGAAGCCUCUUCCUACUCCUGCUGAGACUCCUUCGGGUAUUUCUUCUGGUAUCCCCAGUGGUACUCCGAGUGACAAGCCGCUGCCGACUCCUACUGGCUUCUCUAUUUUGGGAUUCCCAGUUUCCUAA